GUCCCACACGCACCGGCACCCGUCAGGCCGCGACUGCCGCCGCUCUCCUUCGCCUCACGUCCCUCCCUGCGGACUCUGCCCACCCUACAGGGACAGCGGGCGAGGGGCCGGGCGGGCAGGGGCAGUGUGUCCGGCACGGCCUGUUAACGGCCUCGCCCCCGUCCGCCCCCACAGCGCCCCCUGGGAAGGCGGGCAGCCGCGAUCGACGAGCUCGGCCGCUCGACGAAGGGCCCUGCUCGGUCGUGCGGAGUGCGACUGGCGUUCCCGGAAGCGGGGCCGUUGACGCCGUUGCUGAGGGAGGAGGCGGCGGCAAUGGCGGUGGCAGAGCCCCUCUACCCGCGGAGCUCCAUCGAAGAUGACUUCAACUAUGGCAGCAACGUGGCCUCGGCCAGCGUGCAUAUCCGCAUGGCUUUUCUACGGAAAGUCUACAGCAUUCUUUCCAUUCAAGUUCUUUUGACCACAGUCACAUCUGCAAUAUUUCUGUACUCUACUGGAGUGCAAGCAUUUGUUCAUGAAAGACCUAUCUUCCUUUUGAUAUCUGCAUUUGGAUCUUUGGCUGUAGUCGUGGCACUGAUCCUCUACAGACACCAGCAUCCUGUUAAUUUGUACCUGCUUUUUGGAUUUACCUUACUGGAAGCUCUGACAGUGGCCAUAGCAGUGAGUUUCUAUGAUGUGUCCAUCGUCUUGCAAGCCUUUAUUCUUACUACUGCUGUGUUUCUCGGACUCACUGCAUAUACCUUGCAGUCAAAGAGGGACUUCAGCAAAUUUGGAGCAAGCCUGUUUGCUUGUUUGUGGAUUUUAAUCAUCUCGGGUUUCUUGAGGCUGUUUUUCUAUAGUGAGACAAUAGAGCUGGUAUUUGCUGCGGCCGGAGCUCUGCUGUUCUGUGGAUUUAUUAUUUAUGAUACUCAUUUGCUGAUGCACAAAUUAUCCCCUGAAGAAUACAUACUGGCAGCAAUCAAUCUCUACUUGGACAUCAUCAAUCUGUUCUUACACCUGCUGCGUUUACUGGAAGCAUUUAAUAAAAAAUAGUCAAAAGCCACGUGGGUUGACUACAGCGUAUAGAAAGUGACGCAUUUGGAUGAUCUACGGACUGUGCAGUUGUGUCUUCUGGAGACUGGAUCUUUAUUACUUUUUCAUUCCGUGAAUAUUGAUUCUCUCCUUAGUGGAAAAAAAGGCUUGUUUAAUGUAGUUAAAGUUAUUCUCUAGAAUAUAUAUUUUAUUUAGCUAACAUGCUGUCAUCAUUUCAUCAUUUCAGUCACUUUCUAAAUCACUUAAUUUGCACUUGACAUAAUUCACAAUUAAAACAUUUGCCAACUUCUCCAGCAUAAGCUUUUCUCUGCUCUUAUGUAGCUGCUGGAAAUGUUUCCUUUGGGAUGGCAGGUGUACUGCACAAGCGUAGCCUGAGUUUAUUGUUGUACCAUAUUUUACUAAGCUGAGAUCAGUCUGAGUUUCUGUUUGGCAAAAUUGAAUGCUAUCUCUUAACAGAGAUACUCUGGGGGGGUCUUGGUAAACACUGUCAGAUUAUUUUGUAAACUGGGAGAGUGUUAAUACAGGUAAUGGGAAUGCUUUUCAUUUAAAUAUUAUUUAUUGGCUGUCUUCCAGUAUUCUGAAAAAAAACAUUUGGAGAUGGA